AAAUUGACACAAAGUGGAAUCGUGUCGAUUUUUUUUCAAUUUCUGCCAUCCAGAGGGAGGGAGUGUGCACUCCGCACAACGUGACUGGGGACAGGAACUGUCAUUUGCCUUCCUCUCCGGAGCAGGGUGCCGUGGAAAGGAGUGAUAACUGGAGUGGGGAAGAGGAUCAACUACAGUCGAAGAUUCCCGGGGUCUUUGACGCCCGCCGUUCGCCAUCGGGAGAGCGUGGUGAAACAGAGAUGACACUGUCUGUACUACUGAGUUUUGAUGCGGCGUCUUUACCAGACAAAGUCAAAUUGGGAUGUGUCAGUUAUGCCGUGCGAGACUUUGUCCCGAAUCCAUUUCAGUGUUUCAGAUGCCAAGCUUAUGGUCAUGUGGCAGCAGUGUGUAGGUGGGAGAUUCCUAGAUGUGAAAAGUGUGCAGGAGGAGAUGAGACAAAGGAGUGUGUAGUAUCGGUGGGAAAAGUUGUUUGUGUAAAAACUGUAGGGCACAUGAGGUUGGUGGCACCUUAAUUGGGGAGGACAUGUCUGUGGUAAUGGCUGGAGCAGAUUCAGUGGAAUGGUAUCAAAUACAUCAAACACAUGGUGUGAUGCCAUUCCAUUUGCUCCGUUCCAGCCAUUAUGAGUCGCCCUCCCCUCAGCAGCCUCCACUGCUGUAGCGGUACCCGUGGUGCUGGAGAUCAGAGGUGUCCGGUGAGAGAAAGGCAGUGGGAAAACAAGUUGUAGAGGAAGAUGGGUCCAGGGUGAGGGAUCCUAAGAUCCUGUGAGUAAGCCGAGACCCAAUAGAGUUAUAGGAGUAACGUGUGCUUCGGUAGAGUACUUUCUUUUUCUUUUUUUCUCCGUUCAUGGCCAUGGUUGUCAAAUUGUACCACAGGAAUAGAACGUAAAUCACAAGAGGACAGAUGCUGCGGUGGCAGCUGCAGAGACGUACUUGGGUGUGUGACGUUUUACUGCAGAAGAGUUACAGGACGUUUUGAACGAUAGUGUCUCUGGAGUAGGAUCAGAUAGGACCUAAGUGGUGGGAUAGUGGGGAGGUUUUGGGAGCAGGGUUAGCUGGUAGGGACAUUUAGGCUGAAACACAACCCAUACGGUAGGUGGCGACAUGCACCUAUAACAUUUGUUUGUGAACCGCCAUAAUACCGAAAGAGAUGGAGAAGAAGAACAACAAAACAGUUGCACUGGAAUCACAGCAAACUACGUGUGACAUAAUAACCAUCAAUAUUUCUUAUACUUAAAAUUAUCUAGACAAAUAAUUACAAUGAAUAAUUAAAUGAAUUCACUAGAAACCACCUGUGAGGAACAUACAGUAACUCAAUGGUAAGGGAUCGUGGAAUUCAGUCAGUUUAGCACAAGGGGCGGUUUAUAAGCGCCAAAUCUGAUUGGCUCUUUCCUCAUUCUCCAUCCGCAAACGAGAUCCCGGAAGUUGCCCCUGAGAUGAGUAGCUGUUUUCUGGAUGAGGAGACGUUCUGUCAGUGCUGUCAGCUUCUCCUCCAACACUCCCACUCCCUCUGUGACGGCUGGAGCUGGGAACAAGUGAAGGGUUCUGAGGAGGGCUACCUGAGGAAGACUGCCCUGGGGACCGGCAGAACCAGAUGUAACCUGGACCAGCAAGGAACCAGUUCAGACCAGCACCAGGAGAGGACCUUCUCCCCUUCUUUCCAUAACGAUGAUGAUGAAGAUGAUGGCGCAGUGUGUUGUAUACAGGAGGAGAGCAGUAGUAGCAGUGUCGUUCAGUAUGAAUACCACAUCCUCUACUCCUGUAGCUACCAAACUCCUGUCCUCUACUUCAGAGCUUCAACCCUGGAGGGUAGGAGUCUCUGUCUCGAGGAGGUAUGGGACAGUGUUCAUCCUAACUACAGACAGAGACUACAGCACAGACCCUGGGACACCAUCACACAACAGGAACACCCGUUGCUAGGCCAGUCGUUCUUUGUGCUCCACCCCUGCAGGACAGAAGAGUUCAUGAUGCCUGUUCUAAAAGCUGCCCUGGAAGAACACAGACAGGUGAACUACAUUGUGACCUGGCUCAGUGUGGUGGGUCCUGUUGUGGGACUGGACGUUCCUCUGAGCUACUGUACACAGGUACCUGAACCCCCGCACACCCCCUCCAGCUCUCCACAGCCCCCCUCCAGCUCUCCACAGCCCCCCUCCAGCUCUCCACAGCCCCCCUCCAGCUCUCCACAGCCCCCAGCCCUAGGGACAAAGCCAGGCUGAAUUAUCAACACAUAAUUCCAAAGCGAAUUUCCAUUGGAGCCAGAUUUGACAUCAGCUUGAGAUGUGUUGAUGAGGUCUGUCCAGUGGGCUUGAGAUGGAGGACAUGGCAGCUGCUUUUCACAGCAAGUCUCUAGAGAGAAUCGUUACAUGAAGCACUGCUGGCACCUAGUGGUGAGAAACAUUACUGCAACUCUACAGGCCUGUCAGAACUGCUAGGUUGAAUCAGAUCAGGUGAUGGAUCUGAGAAGAGGGAGCGGGAUGACGUAUAGAUCUGGGACAGGGUCUUACUAUGGGCUUCAGUGCUGAUACCUGUAAAAGGGUGAAACAUGACACUUCUCCUUUUGUCAGAGCAGACCUGGUCUUAGGAGGCUAGACAACCACGGCGCAACGAAAGAGAUGUCUAUUGAUUUCUAUGGGAGCUACUCUGUCCUUGACAAAGUUGUUUUGGAACAAGACAAAGGAACGUCUAUUUUGUCCCUGGAUAGGGGACUGAAGAUGACGUCAGAUGUGACUUAUGUUCCCUAUGACCUCAAACAUUAACUUUUUAAUUAAGUACACCUCUCAUUGUCACCUAACAUGUCCAACAAUCAUGUCGGAACUUUUUGAUUUCUUUGCAAUAAAGUUGAUGACAAACACACUGUU